CUCCCAACUCACUUCAUCUCCUCCAAACUCAUCCUUCAAGAUGCGCAACGUUCUCCUCGCUGUUUCCGCCAUCAGCGGUUUGGCUUCCGCCCUUCCCCAGAGGCCCAACUUUGAGGCUGCCAAGGCUGUUCCUCUACCCAACAUUGACCUCCUUAAACCAAAUGUUGAUGCGAAGCCAAACGCCCCAAUCAAGUACAACCAGCCCGCUGCCGUGCAAGAUGUCAAGCAAGAUGUCAGCAGCAACGGUGUGCAGACCAGGAAGCGCUCUACCUCGUGCAGCAGCGGCACUGCAGAGCCAGGAAGUGGUGCGCCUGUUCCCGGCGAUGGCUCUGUUGGAGCCUACACUGACUCCGGAAGCGUGCUCAACAGCAAUGCUGCUCAAGCAACUGCUCCCAGUGGCUACGUCGAGGCUUUCAAGGGCCUUAACAAUGCUACCCAACAGAUUGGUUACUUGACCUACAAGAACAUUGACGGUGCCGACUACAAUGUCCAGGCAUGCGCCGACUUCUGUGAUAGCGAGAAUUUCUGCCUUGGCUUCAACAUUUACUACGAGCGUGAUCCCACAUACACGCCGACCUCCUCCUGCCCGGAUCCUGUGGCCCAGACCAACCUCAAGUGCGCUCUCUUCGGAUACCCUGUCUCCGCAAACACGGCCAUCAAUGCUGGCCAGUACCGUGAGCAAUUCCAAGUUGUCAUUUCCGGCAGCAACGGAUACUCUAAGCAACAAGGUACUGUCUGCAGGAAUGCUCCUACCGUAUCCAGCUUCGAUGCACCAACCCAACUUCCCGCUGCUAUCGACGCACCUUCCAUCACCAAGAACGGCCAGCAAUACAGCACCUACAAUGGCAUGCGCCUCUUCAACGAGAACCCCUACGACCCCAGCCUUUGCGCUGCUGCUUGCCAGGCCCAGACCGCUUUCGAUAAGGAGCACCUCGUCGAUUCGAACGGCGAGUACAGGCCAUGCAACUUCUUCACCUCUUACAUCUUGACUCAGAACGACGUUCCUCUCGGAACAUACUGCGCCUUCUACACUCAGACCUGGGGCGCUCAAUAUGCCACCAACACUGGCUACUACUGGGAAUCCGAUGUGUACCGCACCAUUUGCGCUGCUUCGUACAGCCUUACUGCCCAAGACAGCGGCAUCGCUACCUCUAACUAA